GAGACACACUUGUCCUUGCUUCAUAUUAGCAUCCAUUAAUUAAAUAACGCAUGCCCAAAAAUUGGACAAUGAUAGUAGUUGUAAUGCUCCUCUUUGUAGCUCGUAAUCUAUGGCUCCGCCCCCUUGCAUUUUUACUCUCUUUAUAGAGCGCCCCCUUAAGGGCCUCUAUUUCCCGAGAGGAGAUUUUAUGAGCGCAAAGAAGGGGAGCCGAUCCUCCUGGAUUUGGGCGAGUCUGUGGGAGGCAAAAAAAGUGCUGAAUUUAGGAGCAAUUAAGGUCAUUGGCUCAGGAGAGGAGACCUGGGUGAACAAGGAUCUUUGGAUUCCAAAGCUUAAAAACUUCAUCAUCCGCAGCGGACCCCAACAACAAAUGAAGGUCAAGGACUGGAUUAAUCCAGAGAAUAGAAGUUGGGACUCAAACACUAUUCAGGGGCAUGUGUCCCAGGAAGAAUUGGAUGCGAUUCUGAGAAUCCCGAUCAGGGAGGAAGGAGCCGAUGAUUUCUGGGCGUGGAGUCUGGCAAAAGAAGGAAAGUUCACGGUUAAGACGGCUUACCACGCUUUUCACAAAGAAAAUACAAACCUCCAACCGAUGGGAAGCGCUGACAAAUGGAAAUGGAUGUGGGCACUGAACCUCCCACCCAAGCUCAAAUUCUUCAUCUGGAGGUGUGCAAAAAAUGGGUUGGCAACGAAAGCAAGGUUGUUCCACAGGAGAUGUGCCCCUAACCCGAGUUGUCAAGUUUACAGCAACCCAUAUGAAUCCCUCUUGCACUGUCUGUUCUACUGCCCGCAUGCAAGUGAAGCAUGGAGAUCUAUCUUCCCUUCUCUGCCUCUCCCGCCCCAAGAUGCCACUUUCUUGGAUUGGAUCUGGGACAUCAAGGACGCUAUUUCACAUGAAGCCUUGAUCCAUAUCGUGUUCCUUUGCUGGAAUAUCUGGAAGGCUAGGAAUGAGUGCACUUUCAAGAAUAAAACUCCUUGGCCACCGAAUGUUUGUUUACAUGCCUUUAGAGAGCGCAAUGAAUGGAGUUCUUGCCCGAGGCCCCCUUCUUCUAACGAUGCCUCUACUACUCAGCUCAGGGGAGCCCAUACCUCUACGAAUCCCCCGCCAAGUAAUCACCCUUUGAUGAUUCACUGUGAUGGGUCGUUCAUUAGCGACUCCCAGCCGGCGGCAUAUGGUGUUGUGGUUUCUAACCACCAUGGACAAGUGAGUGAUGGACGAGCUGAGACCCUACUUUGUUCCACCCCGAUUGAAGCGGAAGCGAAGGCCCUCUUGGAAGGUAUUAAAUUAGCACAAGAAUAUGGAUCGGAAUGCACGGUGUUUUCUGACUGCCAGGAUCUGGUGAAAGCUUUGGAGAAAGAUCAUUCGGGAUGGCCAUGGCGGUGUGCGGCAUGGAUUGGCUCGAUGGUCAACAUCCUUAGGAUUAACCCGUUCAGUAAAGUCAAUCAGGUCCCGAGAGCGUUGAAUGUUAAAGCCGAUUGGGUUGCACGCUCUAAAGCUAGAUCUACUCUUCCCGUUGACUGGAUUGGUAUUCUUGAUCUAAUUUCUGAUCUUCUCUAAGAAUGUAACCAGAGUUUUCUCGCUUGUCUUUUCGAUGGUGGAAUAAAAGUUGGAAUUACUGUCAAAAAAAAAAUAUAGAGCACCUGAGUCAUCUUAUCUCUGAGUCGCUCAGGACUAGCCAAUGGCAGUCGAUAAAGCUGACAAGCCAGGGUCCCGCUCUCUCACAUAUCUUUUUUUGUAGAUGACCUCAUCCUAUUUGGAGGAGCCUCGAUGGAGCAAGUUAAUGCUAUGAGCCACUGCUUUGAGACGUUUGGCGCGGCCUCCAGGCAGUAAAUCAGCAAGUCGAAGUCAAGGUUCUUCUUCUCAUGGAAUGUUUCCCAACAACAGCAAACAUCCUUGGUGGAAACUCUGGGGAUAUCUCAAACAUAAACCUGGGGUAAUAUUUCAUCGUCUCAAUCAUCCAUGAUAUAAUAUCCAAAGCUACUUAUACUAACUUGAUAGAUCUUAUGAUGCCCACCUUGCAAGUUGGAAAGGCCCACAAUGUCCAUUGUGGCUCGAGUCACCCUAGCUUAAUCCGUCUUAUCAUCCCUGAUGUCCAGUUAUCAAUAUCACCACUUUCUCCAUUUCCAUAGGUAGAGGCGAGCAUAGCAGAGGGAGGCAGAGCAAGGCGGGAGGAGUAGACGGAGGGAGCAAAGAGCAGACGCGCGGAAGGAGCGACCAAAGAUCGUCAUAAACCAACUGGUCCGAAUGACUCGAAUUGUGGGGAGAGGUCCAUGAAUGAUACAUAACCACCUCCUUACACGCUCCCUCCAACAAAAUCUAACUCAAGGACUUGAAGUUUGCACAUGUCCGUUAUACCAUGUGCUUUAAAGACAAUGAUUAACAUUGAGGGUCAUGAGGACUUGAACACUUGUUGACCUCAAGUUCAAACCAGCUCUGGUACCAUGCCAAAAAUCAACUGGUCCUAAUAAGCGAGUUGUUGGGAGAGGUCAAUGUACGAUACUUAACCACUUUCUUACAAAUGAGGUCUUAAUGCUUCGCACCCACUCACUCCCGUUGAGAAUGAAUUCAAAAUUAAUAAGAAGUAAUAAAGAAAUUUAAACAGAUCGGGGCAGGAGAAAUUGAAAUCAAAGGAAAAUAAAGGGAAGAAAUUUGGAAAGGAAGGGAACCCCAAUAAUGACCAGACUGUUGCUAGUGUUGAUAUCCCAAGUCAGUGAGUGUCAGGGGAAGUGAGAAGCGAGGUUGGAGUACCAACAGAGGCACGACUGGAGAGAGUAGACAAUAGAGGCAAGUUGGGGGGACUCUCGUCGAAGAGAGAAAGGGAAUGACUAUGUUGUUUGGUUAGUGCUUUGAAUAUAAAAUUAAAGUGAAUAAUAAAUUUAUUUGUGUUAACUCUGAUAAAGCAUCACACACUGGACUUUCAACCCGAUGUGUCCUCUUUAUGCUUGUAAUGUUGAUAUAUCCUGCAAUCCCGGUUCAAUCAUGUACUGGUUACCAUUCCGACGAGAAAAGGUCAGUUAUUAGUUUUGGUAAAAUUUGAGAUAUAUCAAUCAAAUAUGGAAAAAUUGACCAGUCAAACUAGAAACUAAAUUUAAGCACUUUCACACAUGUCCUCCAAAAAUAAACACCAAUAAUGAAAUUUGUACUAAUUACCUCAUGUUCACUAGUCUCAUUUGUACACUAAUAGGCUACAAGGAACUUAAUAAUACAUAUUAACCUAAAAAUUAUUGUAAACAUUAAUAAAAUUCAUAUUAUACA